AUGUCUCAUGAGGAACAUAAUAGCAUUAGUAACAAUAGUACAACUAUCAACACCAAUGCCAAUACUUCAAUGUCAAGUCAUUCACAAAAAGGAAUAACAACUUCAUAUAAGGAGACGACACGUGAGAGCAUAACAAUAAUUAACAAAACUACAAUUGCAAGUUCGAAAGCUGACUCGAGUCAAGAGGGAAAGGGUAGACGGCAGCUACAACAGCAGCUGCAACGGGACAUUAGUAGUAGUGAAAAAGACAUUUCAAAGCCUAUUAUUGUUAGUAGCAACACUAGUCAAAAUGACAAUAAUAAUAGUACACCAAUUGAUACUAAAGACAUUAUUUCAUCUUUAGAGGACAAUAAUAAUUGUUCAUCUGAAGAUAUUAGUGGGGCAAAUUUAAUUAAAGGGAACAACAUUAUAAUAUCUGAUCAAGAAAAUCAUCAGGAAGGUCAACGAAUGACAAAAAAUUCAAAUUCUCGAAAUUCGCUUGUUUCUCCCGCGAAUCAACAACCCCCUCAACAGCCAUCACCAUCGAAUAGUAGCAGCGCAAGCAAUACUACUGCUAACAGUAACAAUACCACCACCACACCCUCUUCAUCUUCUAAUUCCACAUUAAUCUACGCUAAUGGUGAUGGUGGUGGUCCAAAUAAUUCAGCUACUCCAUAUGAAGAGGUAGCUCCGGUCUUUAAUGGUCCAUCUGUACCUUUUCAAUAUUAUACCGGUAAUCCUCAAUUUUUCCCUGGAAGUGCACAGUAUUUCUUUGAUCCAAGAUUUCCUCGACCUCCACAUAUUUCUGCACCUCCCUUACCUCCACCAAAUCAGCCUGCUUUUAGUCCUACACCUUCUACUCUCAUGACACCACCACAUCCACAUCCACACAACACUACAAACAGGUAUCUAAAUCCAGGUAGUGCCGCUGGUGGUGAUUCCGGAUUCUCUUCUCGUCGAAGCUCUCUUGAUCAAAUUCGAAUUCCUACUCCUGUUCUUGGUCCACAGUACUCUCCCAGAGUACAUCAAAAGAAACCAAAACAACUAGAUAAGGCAUUAUGGGUGGGUAAUUUGCCUGAUUCAACCACUCACGAGGAAUUACAAGAAUUCUUUGCUGAUGAAAGCAUGGAGAGCGUAUUUCUCAUUAAAAAAUCAAAUUGCGCCUUUGUGAACUAUAAAACUCAUGAAGCAGUUGUGGAGGCCGAAAAAAAGUACAAUGAUGCAGAAUUCAAAGAUAUUAAGUUGGUGUGCCGGCCGAGAAAGAAUAAUCCUUCUGACUUCAAAAAUAAAAUUGAUGCAUUAACUGCUAUCACAUCACAGAAUACUCCUCUGCUUACUCCUUCAGAAGCGGGAUCGACCACUUCCUCGGCAAGAUCACAGAGAUCUUCUUUACCACCACCAAGACAGCGCUUUGGUCCAACAUCACAUGCGUCAAUGUCUCCUGCUUCAUCAGUAUCAUCCAAUAAGCCUUCACCUCCAAAUAGAUAUUUCAUUUUGAAAUCAUUAACCCAAGAUGAUUUGGACAUUUCUGUUGAGAGUGGUGUAUGGGCCACUCAACCACAUAAUGAGACUUUUUUGAAUAAAGCCUUUAAGAGUGCGGAAAAUGUCUAUCUUAUCUUUAGUGCAAAUAAAAGUGGUGAAUUUUAUGGAUACGCCAGAAUGGCGAGUCCUAUCAACAAAGAAACGACCGAAUCUAUUCAAUGGACACCUGUUGAUGAAGCUACGCUAGCCGCUUCAUCUUCGAGACCUUCUGUUCAGGAAGAAGUACAAUCAAAGCCUAAAAGACCCGAAGAUGAUAGUGAGGAUUGCGAUGAAGAUGGUGUACCUUCUAGAAAUUGGGGAACAGCAUUCAAAGUUGAAUGGAUAAAAGUACAAAAACUUCCAUUCGUUCGUACUCGACAUCUUAGGAACCCGUGGAAUGCUAAUCGAGAAGUGAAAAUUAGUCGAGAUGGAACUGAAGUAGAGCCAGCUGUUGGCGCAAAGCUGCUUUCCGAAUUUCAUAAAACUAGUCCUCAAUUGGCUUAUACUCCUAUGGCUGGACCAUUAUUAGCUCAACCUCUUAAUCUUGAAGCUACUAAUAUUGCUGACGGCCAAGAAAGGCAAAUUCCUUCUCCAUCGGGAACAACAUCAUCCUUACAGGGCCCUAUGCCACCAAUGAUGGAUAUUAAUUAUAUGCAAAACCCGCAACCUGCAUUCUUUCCGCCUCCCCCACCGGGACAUUACUGGCAUCCACAACCUAUUCUGAUGCCUUCAUAUGGCACUGGUCCGACUCCUACAGGAUACGUUCCUGGCUCUGUACCAACGCCACGCCCUUUACAAAAUGGCGGAAUAGUUGCCAAUCCUAAUCUGUCACCUAUGUUACCCAUUGAUCAACAACAGCAACAACAAUACGUGGAGGCACCGGUACCACCACAUCAUCCUAAUCAUUACCAACCAACACAUGCACUUCCGCAUCCUCCACAUCAUUUUCAAUCUUCACCAAUAUCACAAACUUAUUACAGACCUGAAGAGAAUCGAGUUGAUAAUCAGAUUAUGUAUCAACCACAACAACAAUCAUCUUCGCAACAAUCAGAGUCGUCACAACAAGUCAACAAUAAUGAAAUCGAAUCAUCUGUCUUGCUUGAAUCCAGCAGUGUAUAA